CACUUGACUUUAGUGACGUUUGUAGGGCCGUGUGUAAAUUUGUGUACGACAAAGUGAGCUGUGUCAAUCUCAGUGUACACACCGUGUAGGAUUCUCCCACUGAACGAACACAUUUAGCUGUUGAGAGAUCCUGCGAGACAACUGACAUUGAACCAACACAUUUAGCUGUUGAGAGAUCCAGGGACAUAACUCACCGUUGACGAGCGAAACAAUGGAGACAACUCUAGUGUUCAUUUUAUCUUUUGCCUUGUGCUAUCAUGCAAAAGCCGCCGUGCUCACUGACCCGUGUCGUUUGACUAAUGUUUACAGCAACCAGCCCGAUGGAGCGGAACCUUUGAUGUACCUGGUCAUCCCCCCGGGCUGCAAGUCUGGUCAGGUAGACUGGGACUGGCCUCAGGGUGCCAUUAACCUGUCGGCCGAGUUACCUGGGCAGAACUUCCGGCUUUGUAUUGAGGCGAGGUCUACAGGUGUGUCCAUGCUGGGAGGUAUCACAGAACUCACGGGGGGAGUGAGCAAACCUCUGGCACUGCCGUCUGCAGGUGACCCAACCUGUACCACCAGUGUCAAAGGUCAAGCCGAGCUCUUGAUGCACGCCUUCCACUCCCAGCUGUACUGGACGACCUUCUUGUACACUGUAGUGCCAGACACGACCAACUGACCACUCCACUCCCAGCUGUACUGGACGACCUUCUUGUACACUGUGGUGCCAGACACGACCAACUGACCACUCCACCUACAGCCCCAGACACGACAAACUGACCACUCCACCUACAACACCAAUGCCAGACACGACAAACUGACCACUCCACCUACAACACCAAUGCCAGACACGACAAACUGACCACUCCACCUACAACACCAAUGCCAGACACGACCAACUGACCACUCCACCUACAACACCAAUGCCAGACACGACCAACUGACCACUCCACCUACAACACCAAUGCCAGACACGACCAACUGACCACUCCACCUACAACACCAAUGCCAGACACAACCAACUGACCACUCCACCUACAACACCAAUGCCAGACACGACAAACUGACCACUCCACCUACAACACCAAUGCCAGACACGACCAACUGACCACUCCACCUACAGCACCAAUGCCAGACACGACAAACUGACCACUCCACCUACAACACCAAUGCCAGACACGACAAACUGACCACUCCACCUACAACACCAAUGCCAGACUUGACAAACUGACCACUCCACCUACAGCUGAACUGGAUAGCAGGACCAACUGACCACACUCAAGAAUUAGGUUUUUAUCUAACUACAAUACUAACACUGAAACGCUUACAAAUUUUGUCAAUUCUCUAAAGAUUAUGUUCAAUAAAAAAAUCAAAUCUA